GCAGUGUGGGGCUGAGGGAGGCCGGAAGCCGCGCGUGCGUGCUGGCGUGCGUUCGCCUUCAGCCUGGUGAGUGGUCCCCUACGGGCCGGGGCGCCGCGUCCGCAGGAAGAGGCGCGAGGUGCAGCCUUUUAAACGUAUAACAUAAAAAUGGCUUCCAAAAGAGCUCUGGUCAUCCUGGCUAAAGGAGCAGAGGAAAUGGAGACGGUCAUCCCUGUAGAUGUCAUGAGGCGAGCUGGGAUUAAGGUCACCGUUGCAGGUCUGGCUGGAAAAGACCCAGUACAGUGUAGCCGUGAUGUGGUCAUUUGUCCUGAUGCCAGUCUUGAAGAUGCAAAAAAAGAGGGACCAUAUGAUGUGGUGGUUCUACCAGGAGGUAAUCUGGGUGCACAGAAUUUAUCUGAGUCUGCUGCUGUGAAGGAGAUACUGAAGGAGCAGGAAAACCGGAAGGGCCUGAUAGCCGCCAUCUGUGCAGGUCCUACUGCUCUGUUGGCUCAUGAAAUAGGUUUUGGAAGUAAAGUUACAACACACCCUCUUGCUAAAGACAAAAUGAUGAAUGGAGGUCAUUACACCUACUCUGAGAAUCGUGUGGAAAAGGACGGCCUGAUUCUUACAAGCCGGGGGCCUGGGACCAGCUUCGAGUUUGCGCUUGCAAUUGUUGAAGCCCUGAACGGCAAGGAGGUGGCGGCUCAAGUGAAGGCUCCACUUGUUCUUAAAGACUAGAGCAGCGAACUGUGACGAUCACUUAGAGAAACAGGCCGUUAGGAAUCCAUUCUCACUGUGUUCGCUCUAAACAAAACAGUGGUAGGUUAAUGUGUUCAGAAGCCGCUGUCAUUACUGCUUUUGCGGAAGUAUAGUUGUGAAGUCACAACUACACAGAGAUUUCUCAGCCUACAAAUUGUGUCUAUACAUUUCUAAGCCUUGUUUGCAGAAUAAACAGGGCAUUUAGCAAACUA